AUGAGUAUUGGACAGGAAUAUAUUUCAAAGUGUGAUGUUCUUAAUGCUGCUCAAGCAAUUGCCUAUCAGUCUGGGUUUGCAGUAACAACUCGAAGUAGUAGUCUAUAUUACUUAUAUAUUCAAUACAAAUAUGCUGUUUUUGAGGUUUCUAAGUGGAAUAUUGUUAAUAUUACAGAUGAAUAUAACCAUCUUAUGGCCAAAUCUGUUCAAAUUUAUCCUGAGUACCAUCAAUUAAAACAAGAAGUAAGGCGAAUGGCUGUAAAAAUGCUAGAAGCUGGAGCAAAGUCUAGUAUAAUUUAUGAGGCUAUCAGGAAUAAGGAUGGAGAACCAACAGCAACAAGAAAAGAUAUUGAUAAUUUGAGAGCACAAAUUCAUCCUUCUGAAGAGAAUGCUUCAAUAGAAGCACUAGUAAUAGGUAUGGAAAAAAGAGUGUAUACUGUUCGUCAUGAAGAUUUUGAAGGAAAACAUUUAUUUUUCUGUCAUAUUGAAUCUAUUAAGAAUGCUAAACGGUUUUUUAAAGUUAUUUUAAUUGAUGCAACCUACAAGACUAAUAUUUACAAAUUACUAUUUGUAAAUAUUAUUGGCAUUAGUAAUCUUGGAAUUAAUGAAUUACGUACUUUUAGUAUUGCUGGUACUUGGAUUUCUGAUGAGUCUAAGAAAUCAUAUAUGUGGAUUGCUGAACAGCUUUUGUCUUUAAUCUUUUUCGAUAUAAUUUCUUCUGUAUUUGUUACUGACAAUAAUUCUGCACUUAUUGGUGCUCUUAAGAAAAAAUUUCCUGAAUCUAGUCAUCUUUUAUGUACUUGGCAUGUCUUAAACAACUUUAAAAAAAAUUUGAAGAAGUAUUUUAAAGAUGAUUCAUUUGAUGAAAUUAUCAAAAUAGUAGAUUGUGUUAUUCAUUCAAAAGAUUAUGAGAUACUAAAUACAGCAAUAGUUGGAGCUUAUACAAGUCGAAUUAUGCAUUUUGGUGCAACAACUACUCAAUAUGUUGAAGGCACACAUUCUGCUAUGAAACAUGUUAUUGAAACAUCUGGAAGCUUAAUAAGAUCUUUUAAUAUAUGCAUAGAUCCUUUAUUAGCACAAGAUGACAAGAAAAGAUUAGUAUUACUUUUAAGAAAAAUAUCCCAAUUUGCUCUUAACAAAAUCAAAAAAGAACUUUUAAAAGCAACUAAAUAUGAAGCUUGUAUAUAUGAAUUACAUGUUAAUUAUAAUUUGCCAUGUCGAUAUAUACUUUCUGAAAAAGCUCAAUAUAUGAGUUUUUCAGAUGAGCAACAAAAAACUUCUCUUUUAAACAAACUUGAUAUGAUUUUUGCAGUUUCAGAAACAAAACUUUCUGAAAUUAAGCUUCUAGAUAAAAUUAAAACAAAAGAUGAUAAAUUAAAAAUUCUUUUAAGUUCUCUAAUUCCUGCUAAGGAUAUUGAUCAAAUUUAUAAUCCUAAAAGUGAUAGUAACUGUGGAUUUCGAGCAUUUGCAGUUGCUAUUAUAGUUAAUGAAGAGAAGUGGGCUCUUGUUAAGUUAGCUAUAAGUAAUCAAUUAAAAAAGCGUAUAGAAAUCUAUCAAGACUGGCUAGCUGCUGACACAUUUACUUUACCUAUCGCAAUAUUUAAUGAAACAAAUAGGCAAAGUAUGUUGUUCUUUCUAUUAGAAGUACCACCAAUACAUAGAAAAACUCCUAUUAUCUUACAUUUUAUAAAUAGUAAUCAUAUUAUAUAUGUAAGCUUAAAAACUUAUGAAAAAGUAAAUUGGCCAAUGAUUAAUAUUUAG